CGUCAGAUCCGUCGCUUGGCUUUCGGGUUGAAUGACCGAGAUAUCGCUCGGGGGCAAAUUCCCAUACAUGAGUCUAUCGGGAUCUGACAUGACAACCGAGCCGACGUUUACGAUAGUCAUGAGAGCACGUUUGAAGCUUUAGAGGCGGGCGGCAGAUGAUGAGUCUUUAGAGCACGCUUGACGCCAUAGGCCUUGAAAACUUUUGACGUCGGGGUGUGCGCCGCCCGGGCCGACUGAGCCGAGCGGCAUUUCCACAGACCCCGACCACCUUGCGAUCCUCCACUCUACUUCUUUUAGAUCCGAUCACUGCCUGCCACCGAAUCGAGAGAGCGACGCUCGAGGUGUCAAAAUGGUAUGGCAGAUCGAUUUGUCCGGCAAAUGCAUAGUUGUAACUGGAGGCAACAGGGGGAUCGGACUGGGCAUAAGUCGAGAUUGCGCUAAAGCCGGUGCCAACGUGGCUGUGAUCUAUCGUCAAUCUCCGUCUGCGCCGCAGGUUGCAGAGGACAUCAGCAAGGAAUUUGGCAUACAAUGUAAAGCAUAUCAAUGCGAUGUGACGGAUGCAAAGGCUGUUCAGACGACCAUAGAUGCAGCCAUCAAGGAUCUUGGACCCCUAGGCGGUGUGGUCUGCAAUGCUGGAAUGCAAGUGUCUAGGCCAGCCCUGGAGAUGACCAAAGACGACUAUGAGCGGCAGAUGAAUGGCAACACCUGGGGCGUAUUCACCGUCGCUCAAGCCGCUGCUAAGAUCUGGGUGGAGCAAAAGUAUAAGCAGGGCAGGAUAGUUUUCAUUAAUUCCAUGUCGGCUACCAUUGCAAACGAUGGAACCACGCAAUGCUUCUACAACGCCUCAAAGGGCGCAUUGACGAGUCUAGCCAGAUGCCUAGCAAUGGAAUGGGCAGAACAUGGAAUUUUAGUCAACUCGCUAUCUCCAGGAUUCGUCGACACCGAUAUGAAUCAGGGCCUGAGGGAUGAUCCUGAGCGCAAGAAAUACUACGAGAAAAAGGUCAUGUUGGGUCGCAUCAGUGAUGUCGAAGAACAAGCUGGAUUGGCCAUUUUCCUCUUAUCGCCAUAUGCCUCUUAUAUCACUGGAGCGGAUUAUAUUGUCGACGGAGGAGUGACUGCUUGGUGAUACUCGGAUCGCGGUCAAUGUAUUCCGUAUCUGCUCCUCUGCAUGACUUCGCUGCCGUGGACAGCUGUACUCCUUGAUCUUCGGAACG